AUGAAAGUACUCUAUCAACAACAGAACCAGCCUAUGGAUGCAUUGCAAGCAUAUAUAUGUGCAGUACAAUUAGAUAAAGGCCAUAGUGCAGCUUGGACUAAUCUUGGUAUAUUAUAUGAAAGUUGUAACCAACCAAAAGACGCCCUUGCUUGUUAUGUUAAUGCAACAAAAGGUAAUGCAGUAGUAAGCGAAACAUUGAUAAAAACGACCUUAAAUGUUCCUGCAUCAGCAAUAUCUAAUAUGAAUCCUAAUCUUGGUCAACGUAUUAAGUUUUUACAAACUCAUUUAUGCAAUGCACCAAUGCCUAGUAUUACUAGCAAACGGCGACAAUUACCUUCAAUUGAAGAAGCCUGGAAUUUACCUAUCUCAGCAGAAAUGUCUUCAAGACAGCAGCAACAACAACAACAACAACAGCAGCAGCAGCAGCAGCAGCAGCAACAACAAAAGACUUUACAGACACCUUAUCAAAAAUYUCAGGAUAUGAUUGCUACACCCCAUGGACAACCGCCUCCUUAUAAUUCAUCUAAACCAGAUAACCCAUUAGAAAAUAAUACCAAAAGAAUCAAAGUUGAACCUCAAACUGGUAGUAACAGCAAUCCUCCUCAACCUGCAUUUUAUUUAAAUAGUAUGCAACUUCAGACAAUGAACGUUCUUCAAGAGAAUUCCCAUAAUCUAUCACAAAAGCAACAGGCUUUGCUACAACAGUUGCAAAAUAAUUACCKUAUGAUGCAGCAACAUCAACAGCAAUUGCGGUUGAAACAGCAGCAGCAACAACAAAAUGGCUCUAGCCAACAAGGGCAAUAUCAAAAUCCUACUGUGAUAAAACAGUUCUCUGACCAAAGCCAAGAAAAUUCAAAAUCCAAUGAUUUAAUUGUUGAUUCAAGUGAAAAUCAAGAAUUGGAUAGAGAAUUACAAGCUCUCCUAUCCCACAAGGAAUUAACUACUUCAUUAGCUGAAGAUUUGCUCAAACAGUUUGGUUCAUCUGAUGAAUUGAAUAUUAAAACUGAAACUAAUACUGCUACAUCACCUCAAGAAGUAAAAACUAUACAACAGCCUGCAACUGAAAAAGUAGUUAGAUAUCAAGAUUCAAGUUCGUCAGAUACCAAAUAUUCUUUGGACUUAACCGCUGAAGAGAUUUUAGAAAUUGCGGAGAAAGAAACAGGACCUGGUAUGUGGAACAGAAAUGUAUUGAGUCCAAAUGGACCGCCACCCACACCUCCAGAACCUCCUCCUCAACAAUUGACACGUGAACAAUUACUGCCAUCUACUCCUUCAGUUAUGCUUGAAAAUAAGAAAGACGCAUUUAGUCCUAGAUUACAAGAAUUUUGUUUAAAAAAUCCCAUUGCUGUUGUUCGAUGUUUAGCUGGUGCUCUGAAAUUAGAUUUGGGUUUGUUUUCAACUCGAACAUUAGUAGAAACUAACCCUGAUCAUUCUGUUGAAGUCCGAACACAAGUAAUGCAGAGCAGUGAUGAUAACUGGGAUGUGAAACAAAAUCGAAGAGGGUGGGCUUGUAUUAGUCACCGAUCACAUACAACUAUUGCUAAAUAUGCUCAAUACCAAGCUUCCAGUUUUCACGAAUCAAUAAGAGACGAAAAAGAUGGUAUACCAAAUGUUCAUUCAGUUCCUAAUUCAAAUUUAUCUGACUCUGAUUCUAAAGAUUCAAUCACUAUGGAAAAAAAACGGAAAAAGAAUAUUAAUUUACCUGGUGUGAAACCUCCUGCUGGUAGUAAAAUGCUUAAGUUUGGAACCAAUGUUGAUUUGUCUGAUGAAAAAAAAUGGCGUCCACAACUUCAAGAACUGACCAAGCUUCCGGCAUUUGCGCGAGUUGUUUCUGCUGCUAAUAUGCUUUCACAUGUUGGACAUUCAAUAUUAGGCAUGAAUACUGUUCAGUUAUAUAUGAAAGUUCCUGGUAGCCGAACACCCGGGCAUCAAGAGAAUAACAAUUUUUGCUCGAUUAAUAUUAAUAUUGGCCCUGGUGAUUGUGAAUGGUUUGCUGCACCUGAUGCUUACUGGGGUGUUAUUAAUAACCUUUGUGAAAAGUACGGAUUAAAUUACUUACAUGGGUCUUGGUGGCCUUUGGUUGAAGAUUUACUUGCAGCAAAUGUCCCUUUGUAUAGAUUUUUACAAAGACCUGGUGACAUGGUUUGGGUAAAUUCAGGUUGUGUCCAUUGGGUUCAAGCUGUUGGUUGGUGUAAUAAUAUAGCAUGGAAUGUUGGUCCUUUAACAGCUAGACAAUAUCAUCUUGCUAUAGAACGCUAUGAAUGGAAUAAACUGCAAAGUUAUAAAAGCAUUGUACCAAUGAUUCAUUUAAGUUGGAAUUUAGCAAGGAACAUUAAAGUGUCAGAUCCAAGACUUUAUGAUCUUGUUAAAAUGUGCUUAAUGUGUUCUCUUCGACAAUGUGGUAUAACCUUGGAAUUUAUAAAGGUUAAAAAAAUUCAAACCCGUUUUCAUGGUAGAGGCAAAAAUGAAGCUUCACAUUACUGUCAUGACUGUGAUGUGGAAGUAUUCAAUAUUCUCUUAAUCCGUGAACAAGAGAAAAAACAUUGCGUGUAUUGUGUUAUCUGUGCAAAAAAACAAUCUCCGAAUUUGGAAGGUUUUGUCUGUCUUGAAGAGUAUAAAAUGUCUGAACUAAUAGAAAUCUACAACAGUUUUAUAUUACAUUGUCACAAUACACCCGUACUGCCUCCUAAUAAUAAUACUGUAGCGCAAUCAACGUAAGUUGCUGCAAUAUAAAAAUGUUUCUCUUUUUUAUUAUUAAGUAAUAUGUUAUAUAUAUGUAUGUAUAUAUAUCGUGUAUGUGAG